AUGUCGUUGAACUACUUAGAACCACACGCCUACAACUCGAACAGCCAGACUCCGAAGUUCAGAGAUGUAGACGAGCCCGAGCACUCGCAAAUCCUCCUUGCUCUUCAGCUACAGAACAGUGUUGGUAUCGUUCGUUUCUAUCCUAGCGACACCACUCAGAACCUGGCACGAAGCGACAAAGGAUUCGGCCCGCCUUCACCACGAAUGCAACUGCACCAAGGAUCGAAUAACUCUCGAGAAGCAACCCAAGAGCCGUCGGAUAUAUCCCUCUGGGUGCUAAGGGGUAUGCGGACCCAGACGGUUCGCGAGAGAACAACGGCGGGGCUGGAUGCUGAGCGGCAAGGCGCAUGA